AUGUCUAUGAGCGCGACGCCAUUGAUUGAGACGACAAAUACUCUGGAGCGACCUAGCGGUCCAGAGUUCCAGCUCGUGCUCGGAGAAGGAUCCUAUACUCUCAAGGAUGAUCUUCAUCUUGUGACGCCGGCUCCACAUCCGAGUGAAGCUCCGUUGGUCAACAGUAAUCCGCUCGCGACCAACGUCGGUCUGCCGACGGCGACACUCAAACUCUCGGUCACUGUCCUAGCGCCACGUAAACCGCCAACUAACAAACUGUUCAGGAUUGCUACAAGUGGCAGUCUACGGUCCUCUAUCCCGCCAAGCAUUGAAGAGGAGACACAGAGCUCGAAAAGCGAUGCCGGCUCGUUGGCCAAUGGGUUUGGUACCGCAUCAUAUUAUAACCACACGCCUAGUUUCGGCGACGAAAAUCCACUUUUAGCAGUUGGUGCACUCACGAAAACGAAGAAGGAUCAAAAGCCGAAGCCCAAGACGAACAUUGUCAAAUCCAGCUCAACGUUUGUUUCGAGGGUUGUGCCGCAUGAGUCUCUACAGAAACGACUCAAUGAACGAUCACAUGAGGGCAUGUUUGCAUUUUCGAAUAUCGGCCGCGCAUUCCUGUGGCUUGAUCUCUCGUCCGAGACAAAAGCGGACCAAUUGAACAAGAUCUUAUUCACUAAAGCGCACCCAUCAUGCCACGACAUCAAUUUAUUGACCAAGUCGAGCAAUCACAUUGACGUCGUCAUCGGAUUCAACACUGGAGACAUCAUUUGGUACGAGCCAUUCUCACAGAAAUACACUCGCCUCAAUAAGAACGGCGUGAUUAAUUCUGCUGUCAUUGCCUCUGUUCUGUGGCUUCCAGGCAAGGACCACCUUUUCCUGGUCGCACAUCGCGAUGGCACGAUAUUCAUCUAUGACAAAGAGAAGGAGGAUGCUGAGUUUGUCGCCGAGGAGUCAAGCGCCGAAGAUGACGCUGCCGACAAAGCAUCAGACGUGCCACAAACUUCUUUUCACGUCAAGAAAUCGGUCAACUCAAGAAAUCAAAAGUCGAACCCUGUCGCGGCAUGGAAGGUAUCAACAAUGUCCAUCAAUGAUGUUGCGUUCUCGCCUGACGGGCAACUGUUAGCUGUUGUCAGCGAAGAUGGCACAUUGACUAUCCUCGACUACAUGCAUGAAAGGGUUUUGGAUGUGUAUCGUUCAUAUUACGGCGCAAUGCUGUGCGUGACAUGGUCACCAGACGGCCAAUAUGUUCUUACCGGUGGACAAGACGACCUGGUCAGCAUCUGGUCGAUAGCAGACCAAGCGCUUGUAGCGAGGUGCGUCGGCCAUCAGUCUUGGGUUACCGAUGUCAAAUUUGACCCAUGGCGAUGCGACGAGCGCAACUAUCGAUUCGGCAGCGUUGGAGAAGACUGUCGACUACUACUGUGGGACUUCUCGGUCGGCAUGCUUGGUCGACCCAAGGCCAUGCGCCAGAGAGGUAGUGUCUCAAGCCACCAUGCAGACCGUCGCACGAGCGUAUCGACGGUCAGCCGUAUAGGCAGUGCAACAAAUCUCGCUACGGCCGAGCGGACCGGUGCAGCUGAGAUCAUCCACGAGGUCAAUUCCAAGGCAAGCACAGCCAAUCUUCCUCCGGUCAUGUCGAAGCAGAUUGGAGAGGAGCCCAUGAGCUGGCUCGGAUUCGAAGAACAUUGCAUUCUUACUGCAUGCAAAGAUGGACAUAUUCGAGAGUGGACCCGACCAACUGAUGUGACCUGA